AUGGCGGCAGCAACGGUCCAGAGCGCGACCAAGCGCGCCACAAGGUCCAUUGCAUAUCUAGGCCCAGCGGGUACAUAUGGCGAGCAGGCGGCCAGUCGCUUCAACAUUCGUCUUGGCGGCGACCUCAACCUAGUUCCUGUUCCGACCAUCCCUUCCAUCUACACCCACCCGGCCGACUUCCUCGUCCUCCCGCUCGAGAACACUCUCCACGGCGCCGUCCUCGACACGGUGGACAGCCUCCUCACACCUCUCACUCCCGGUACCAAAACCCACCCGCGCGCCGUUGCCGACACGGCCUUGCGCAUCGAGCACCAGCUCGUCGCUCGGCGGGGCACAACGCUCGCCCAAGUCGAGUUUGUGCGGAGCCACGAGCAGGCGCUGGGACAGAGCAAGGCCUUUUUGGACGAGUUCCUGCCCCAUGCCAAGCGUGUGUCGUGGCCCAGCACGGCGGGCGCGGUGCAGAGUAUCCUCGAGGACGAGGACGGGGCCAAGGGAGCCGCCAUCUGCUCCAAGGCCGCGUACGAGCAGAACCGCGACAAGCUCGACCUCCUGCACGCCGGCACGCAGGGAGUCAAGGACAACUUUACGCGUUUCCUCCUCCUCACCCGCCUGAGCGGCGACGAGCUCCCCGAAGUGGCCCUCGUCCCCGGCACAGCGACUGGCACCGUCGUUUCGUUCUUUGCGUGUGACGAGCCCGCGCAGGUCGGCGGCCUCGCUGCCGACGGUAUCAUCCUCUCGGUGCACCAGCGCCCAGCGCCGCCGGGCACCACGGACGAGAACGGCGAACCCACCCCGUUCCCGCGCUGGACGCUCGUCGAGACCGAGGACCAGCGUCCCGACCCCGAUGAGAAGGACAGGUGCGGCGCCACUUGCCUCGGCGUGUUCCCCACCGAGAAGAUCAUGGGCCCCGUCGCUGCACUCCCCGAGUCCGACUUUGGCAUCGAUGGCCCGUUGUAUGACUUUGUAUAG